UAUGUCAUGUGAUCUCCUUCAGUUGACGCACAGAAGCUGAGAAGCUGAGAAGCUUCAGCCGUCUACACGCAAACAAGGAGGACGAGCCCUCGCUGGAGCACAAAGCGCCUCCGUGUCUGAGCUGCAUUCAUCCACCCGGCCUCUCUCUCUCUCUCUCUCCCACCCCACCAAGCUCAUCUCCCCUCGGAGACGAUGAGCACGCAGUGGAGCCCUGGCACUGUUUGUGAUGGACUCCAUCAUGCUGGGAUGGCCAGGCUUUGACAGUGAGUGAGCAGCAUUAGCUGUCAGUGUUCUGGAGCUAAUUCAGGAUUUGGGAAGAGAAGGAAAGGGAUUGUCUGCUUGAUGAUUUGGUGUGAAACCUUCAUGUUUGUCCUUUUGUUUGCCUCAAUAGUUGUCAGAAGAAUAGGACACGAUGGCUUACCUCUGGUCAUCAGCUUUUGCUUUGCUGGUACUCGCUCAACUGAAGGGACACGGCGUGGAUGGAGAAGUGUCGUCCUGUGCUGAGGUCCACACUGCAACACCACUCGUGACGUUUGGCUCUGCGGUCUCUGCCUCCUGCCUCAUCACCGAGGACUGUCCCCUGGCCAAAGACGCCGAGUUCGAUGUGAGAUGGCACGACAACAACGAGUCGAUCCAGGGCUCAACCACUGUAAACACUAGCAGGCGGGCCUCACAGAUAUUCAUCAGCAACUUCUCCGAGCCCAGCAGACUUCUCACCUGCUACAUAUGCCAAGGGCUCUGCAAGGUGGUGGCAGGAUUGGAGAUCAGAGCAGGGUUUCUGCCAUCAAGUCCCCAGAAUCUGAGCUGCCAAACGAAUCUCACCAAACCAGAAAAACUGCACUGCAGUUGGACUCCCGGAUCUGACACACUCAUUCCCACCAACUAUUCCUUUCACAUGGAGAGGCUGCAAAUGUGGAAGGUCAAUUAUUCCAUCCCACCGGGAGUGAACCACAUAAGCAUCCCACGGACGGAGUUCCACCUCUUCAGUGAGAUGCAGGUGUUUGUGAAGGUGCAGAAUGCUUUGGGCCAGGCCACCACACAGCCCCUAACAUUCACACCUAUGGAGAACGCAAAGCUAGACAUGCCAACGAUUCAGAGCGUGAAGCCUGAGCGAGGCAGAAAUGGCUGCUUAACGAACACCUGGAGUCUCAGUGCCGACCAGAACUGGAUGAUGAAGACAAAACUGGAAAUCGAGUUACGUUUGAAACCAGUGGACGUCACGUUAGCAGAUGAAGAAAAGGUUCUGGUCCGGUUUGUGAGGGACAAAGCAGCUGUGGAGCGGUGCAAUCUGCUGCAUGGGACAGAGUACCAGGCCCAGAUGAGGGUCCGGUACCGCCAGAUGAGCCCCUGGAGCGAAUGGAGCAACCAGGCCAGAGGGUUCACACUGGAGAAAGCUCCUACAGGACCCCUGGACACGUGGCUGAAGGUGACGAAGGGUCAGCACUACAACACCGUAGAACUGGUCUGGAAGCCCUCCAAGCAGUUCCGAGCCAAUAGCAAGAAUGUCUUCUACGUCGUCUACGUGAAAAAGGCGAAAAAAGCAAGAGGGAUCAAUUGCACACGGGGAAGCCAUUGCAUCUUCAAGAUCUCCAAGGCAGUCAAGAAAGUGUACCUGAAAGCGAAGAAUGCUGUCGGGGAAUCCAGGCCCACUGAAAUCCCUGUGUACUCCGAAGCAGUCCUUGAGCCAGUCUCUUCCUUGAGUGUCCUACCAGAUGGUGAUUCAGCCCUGCUAGUGCACUGGGGCAGCCCACUCCACUCCUCCCCUACUGGCUACGUGCUAGAGUGCAGACAGCAGCACGACAAUAACUCCUCUUUCAUCUCCUUUCAUCUACUGGACAGAAAUCAAUCCAGCGCCUUAGUGGCAGAUGGUAUUGAGCCGUACAUACCUUAUGAGAUCUCUGUGUACCCAAAGUAUGAGAAGGGUGUGGGUCGUCGCCAGGGGGUGUUGGCCUAUUCCAAGCAGAAAGCCCCUUCCAUAGCUCCCGAACUAAACUUCCCUGAUAUCUGGGAUUCCCAUUCUAAGCUUUCCUGGAGUGAAAUUCCAAUGAGCAAAAGAAAUGGCAUCAUUCUAGGCUACCGCGUUUAUUAUGAGGACGAGGACGGCAAUACAGAGGUGAAAUACACCAAUGAAACAAGUAUAGUCCUGAGAGACCUCAAGCCCCAAACCAGGUACAGAGCCCUCAUCAUGGUCAGCACUUCUGGUGGUAGUCUGAACGGAUCUGUUGUGAACCUUCAGACACGUUCAGUGGAUGUAUUGAGAAUCAUUCUGAUUGGCAUCCCUACGUGUGUUGGGAUCACUCUGGUCUUCAUCAUCAUCUUGCUGACCACUUUAACAAACCAUAAAUGGCUGAAGAGGUUUCUGUGGCCUAAAAUUCCAGACCCAGCCAACAGCAGCAUCAGAAAAUGGAGCACAACUGAAUUACUACAGGAUAGUCCACCCCAGAAAGACUCUAUGGAGCACGGGCUGGUAUUUCUCACCCACUUUAGCGUUGUCGACUUGACUGAAAAAGAGAUGGACAAACUCGUCCAGACAAACAAGGACCGCUGGCUGCGCCACGAGAUGGACUCCGACCUGUACUCCCACAGCUCCAGCCAACCCCCCAGCAGCCCCUUCGGCUCAGACGGCACCGGCGAGCACGUCCCGUACGCCACGCUGGUCUUCUCGGGGCCGUACCAGAGCCAGCCCCCUCCCCCGGCCUAUCUGCGCUCCGAGUCCACUCAGCCCCUGCUCGAGGAGGAAGAGCCCCCGAGUCCCUCUCCCUUUGGCUGUGUGAGGCAUUACGAGAACGUGGUCGUCCGGGGGAAAGACGAGGAGCACAUCUUCAGUGAGUGUGAAGACACUGUUGGGGUGGACAGGAAACGAGACCAGCGGUGGGAGGACUUCCCACUUCUGAACUCUUUAGCGGUAAAGGAAGUGUGAUGCGACGGAGAGUGUUGUAAUGUGCGUUACACCCUUAAGAGUGAAGUAAAACUCAGAACAAUUUGAGUAAUAUAUAUAUAUAUAUAUAUAUAUAUAUGAAUUUGUUCUCAAUAAAUUGUCAAGAGUUAAGAUCUGAAGAAAAAGGGACUGAUUGAUAAGACUGGGUUGUGUCAUUUGAACUAUGCCCAUUGAUCAUGCCUCUUGUGCAGUUGAAACUCCCCAGAGUGAUGUUCAGUCUCAAGAGGUUGAGCUGAGUCUGGAUAAAGCCAGGCUAAGUGAUUGAUAAUGUCAAUGGAUACUGGAAGAAAUCAGGCUAACAACUACACAAUCUUUAGUGUAUCCCUGAUUAACAUUUCAAAUAUGUUAUACAACAUUUGCAGCUAUUUUAUUUCUUUACAGAGGGAUGCUUGUGUGUUCUUGUUUUUGUUGUUGUUGUUAUCACUAUGCUGCCAGUAAGAAACUUAACAUGCACUGUUUGCCUUUAUAGCAAUGCAGUCUUCAGUUCUGUUGAGUUACAGUGUCUGAUAAAGGUCAGGAUGCAUUAUGCUUGUCAUGAAGGGAAGGCCUAUCGGUCUGAGUUCACAGUGCAGUAUCCAGUCACAGUGAAUACACUUGUAAAAUAAUAAAUUGCUGAUGAUUUCUGCAAACAUUUCCUUUACUAUAGAUCAAUGUCCUUUAUUGCUACUUGAUUUCCCACUUCAUUUUAGAUACAUGUACAUGUAGCCUAUGUAUUCAUUUGGCAGAUGCCUGGCAUUGCCAUGAUGAUGAUGACAGUGAUUAUUAAUGACAGUAGUGAUGAAUAAUUAUUGUUCAACAUUUUAAAACUCAUAGCUUCUGUUGUGGGUCUUGUCACUAAAGAAUGUAAUAUGUGUUUAUUAUCUGGCCAGUAAAAUGUACAAACUAAAGAUAUCUAUAUGUCCACAUGUAUUUUUACUAAGAUUGUUUUAGUGUUAAAAGUAAAGGAUGAUGGCAGGCCUAAGCCUAUUUGAAGUGUACAGUUAAUGUAGUUCUGUGUCCAUUGGGCCUAAUUUCAAAUGGCAUGAAGAUGUUCUGUGUAUAGGUGUAUGUGGUGACACUCCUUUUUCCCCUUUCACCUUGUCUAAAUGUACACAGAAACAACAUAACUGGACAAUAAAAUGAUAAUUUAGCUGAUAA